CGCAAAACGUUGUAUAUGUUGUGGCAAAGAGACUUCUUGCGUGUUUUAAAAAACAUUGUAUCUUAGUUAUAAGAUACUAAGAAAUAAGAAACAAUGGCAGAGUACUUGGCAUCAAUUUUUGGUACAGAAAAAGACAAAGUAAAUUGUUCAUUUUAUUUUAAAAUUGGUGCCUGUCGACAUGGAGAUCGAUGUUCACGAAUUCAUAACAAGCCAACUUUCAGUCAGACAUGUUUAUUGCAAAAUCUUUAUGUAAAUCCACAAAAUUCAGCAAAAAGUGCAGAUGGAUCUCAUUUGGUUGCAAAUGUGUCGGAUGAGGAAAUGCAAGAACAUUAUGACAAUUUUUUUGAAGAUGUAUUUGUUGAAUGUGAAGAUAAAUAUGGUGAGAUUGAGGAAAUGAAUGUAUGUGAUAAUCUUGGGGAUCACUUAGUUGGAAAUGUUUACAUCAAAUUUCGAAGAGAAGAAGAUGCAGAAAGAGCUGUAAAUGAUUUAAAUAACAGAUGGUUUGGUGGAAGACCAGUUUAUGCUGAACUUUCUCCAGUUACUGACUUUAGAGAAGCCUGCUGUCGUCAAUAUGAAAUGGGAGAAUGUACACGUUCAGGAUUUUGUAAUUUCAUGCACUUGAAACCUAUCUCACGAGAACUACGGCGUUACUUAUAUAGUCGAAAGAAAGGUGGUAAGGGUCGAUCGAGAUCACGCUCACGAUCUCGUGGUCGUGAUCGCAAGCGAAGAUCGCGAUCUCGCGACAGAAGAUCCAGAUCCAAAGAUCGCCGAAAAGGUAGAGAUGAUAAAGGCAGAGAUGGACGAUCUGGGAGGUAUUAAUUAUAUUAUUUUCCAAUUGUAUUA